AUGUCGGCCUACCUCGGAAAUCCCGCCCUCAUAUAUGAAGGGCCCGAUUGGCUGCCAGAGCCGCGGGCGCCUCUCAUUCUCAUUCACGACGGCGGCGGCACCACCUUUAGCUACCACUGCCUGGACCCCACCAACCGGCCGCUCUGGGGUGUCGAGAAUGCGCGUCUGCACGAGGGCGGCUGGUGGGAGGGCGGCAUCCCGGAGAUGGCCAGGCACUAUAUCGACCUAAUUGGCAAGGCGCUGCCAAACGGAGGCGAGAUCAUAUUGGGAGGCUGGUCGCUGGGCGGCAUCUUGUCCUUGGAAAUGGCACACCAGAUUGCAACGGACAAGGAUCUCCGGCCCAAGUUUACGGUGCUGGGGAUUGUCAUGGUGGACAGCCUGCUGCCGCCGCCGCGGGGGACGCCCGCGACGGACACCACACAAAAGCCCCAAGAGCUCGGCCGGGUCACGGACCGGACCCCAGACGAGAUACGGGCCCUCGACCUCAAGGCCAAGGUCGACGUCAACAUGACGCACGCGCGCCGCAUGGUGGCGCGCUGGGAGCCGCCGCGCUGGAAAAAGGCUGCUGCUGGCCCGGUACUUCGCCCGCCGCCGACGAUUCUCUUGCGCGCCAACGAGGCCGUCGAUGGUCCGACGCCUUCGUUUGCUGAUUUUGCCCGCGGCGACCGCAUGCUGGGCUGGGGCUGGUACAAUGAGGAGAAUGGCCGGUUUUUACGGGGGGUUGUGGAUAUACAAGGACAUCAUUUUUCUGUGUUCAAGGAUGAAUAUAUUGAGGAUAUCACGGCCAAGAUCUGUGAAGCUGCGAACAAGUUGGAGGAUGAGUACUACUAG